GCAGCUACAACCACAACCACUCCAGGAGUCUUCCUUCCAAGCGCCCCAUACCUUCCGUUUUCUCCAAUUGGUCCGGCAGCUGUUUCUACCCAGCGAUUCCUUCACUCCAUUUCCCACCGUGCAGGGGAAAACCGCCUCGUCCUAAAAAUUUCCCGGACCGGCUUUUCAUUUUUCCUUUCGAAUCCUGUUCUUCCCGACAAUCCUUUUUAGAGAAUCAAAAAUUAAGCUGUUACCCGGCGUUGAUAAUUCCCGUCCUCGACUUGCACGAUUUGUGUCUUCAUUUCUCAUGCCUCGUUUUGUCCUGCGUUAAGUCACUUCAUGGUAACCCAAACCUGCCACCUUUCCAUCCAUAGCUUAAGGUUCCUAUCCGCGUUGGGGGGGAAUCGUUUUCUAGAAAGAGAGAGAAGGACGGGAAGGAAGGGCGGGAAAGGAGAGGAAGAAAGGAUGAAAAACAAUGACAGCAAGAGCAAAAACAAUAUUCUCUCUCUUCCUCUCUCUUGAGCCCCCUUUCUCUCAUUCACUCACCCCCCCCCCCCCCCUCCAAUUCUUAUAGUGUGCUGUUUCUGACGCUUCUUGGGGUGUGUUGGUCUUCCACAGUUUUGGGCUCUGAUAUCGCCAUUUAGACACACAGCGGAACCGCCGAGGCUCUCCCCAACCUCUCCGCUCCGGAUCUUUUUCCAGGGUCAUGGCGAAACAGUAGCUCGACACCCGGUAAUCACAAUCGUGACGUCCGUAAUCUUUGCCGUGAUACUCUGCUACCCCUUCCCUUUCUUCUACUCGGCUGCGGCUCCGGGUCUACCUUCCGUGCCGCAUCAUGUAUGGACUUCCGCCAGGCCGUUCUCGAGCUCGCACACUAUUCCAGAUAUUGGGAUCAAGCAGGCGUGGAUUCAAGGGUCGUACAUGGAGGCUUUGAAGCUAGAUGUGGUGGAAGAGGCCCUAAGGAUUCAGCAGAUGCUCUUGGGUCCGGAUGUCUCAUGCAGUUCACCUUCGGGGAGUGGGAUGUUUACGGAGACAACGGGGCCUGGCAGCGGUGGCGGUGGCGGCGAUAGCAGUAAUGGGGAUGCUGGGUUAGAUGGCGGUAGUAGUGACAUGCGGGGGAACUCGAGCAAUCCGGGAAUGGGGACGGGGAUGUUCUUCCACUCGCCGCUGUUAUACUGGAAUUGCUCUCUGUCAGCAAUAAAGAAUGACCCGAACCUGAUUAUGACGGUUAACAAAGGGUUCACCAAGCGCUCUCCGGCGAACGUUACGUUACGGUGGGGCUCCGUCUUUGCUGGUAAAAAAUUUCAUCACAAUCAAUUGAUCAAGGCGGAUGCCUUGGUCAUCAGUUUAUUCUAUCGCCUGGAUUCCUCCGCUGGGGAACUCUGGGAUCAACGGGCUGCCGUCUUGGCGCAAGAGGUAGAUGUCCAUGGGAGAUGUGAUGUUUAUCCGAGCGAUGGGAAAGAGAAGGGGAGCACACUUUACGAGGUACCGAUCCUAUCUUUGAGUUGGGCCGGAUUGUGACAUUAAUCACACGGUGGGGGAAAACAGUUCCGGUUUCAGCCCAUGAGCAAGCUAGACAAUUUCAUGCUGGCCGGAUGCUAUCUUCUUACCCUGGCAUACCUGACCAUUUCUCUGCGAAAUUUGCGGGCUGUCAAGUCAAGAUUGGGUCUUAUUGCGGCAGUUUUGACACAGGUACCAUAUAUCAGCCUGGCGGGGAUUUUAACUAGAGGCGACACAAGCUAAUUUGAUGAAAUAGAUGGCAUUUUCAGUGUUGUCUAGCUUUACGAUACUUGCCUUCUUCAAAGUCCCAGUAUCUCACGUGCCUAGGUAUGUUUAAAAGGGUCUAUCUAUCACUUGGCUUCAUUCUUUGGUUUUCGAGAAGAGGGGGGGAAAAAAAUUCGAUGAUUCGAUGAUUCGAUCUUUUCUUUUCUUUUCCGGUGCUAAACCAGACACGAGAAGCUGAGAGUACUGUUAGGGAAGUGUUUCCUUUUGUAGUGAUAGUGAUCGGAUCUGAAAACAUGUUCCGUCUCAUAAAUGCGGUUUUGGAAACUCCUGCCGAACAGCCCACAACUUCUCGCAUAGCGAUUGCUCUGGGAGAUGUUGGGUUUCUCUCUUCGGUGGCGGUAGGGACCGAUCUGAUGCUAUUAUUCAUCAUUGGUCAAUUCUCCGUUCCUGCGGUUAGGGAGUUUUGCACGUUCGCUGGGGUCGCCCUGGCUACGGACUUCUUCCUGCAUCUGACCUUCUUUUUGGCGGUUUUAAGUGUCGAUGUAAGGCGUCUGGAGUUGCAGGAUUCGUUAGAUCGGCUCUCUUUCAGCAAACCCGAGUCAUACAACGGACGAACGGAUCCGGAAGAAGGGCAGAGCAAAUCAGGCGAAUUAGUAAUGCAAAGGGCAAUGCCGAUGAGUACUAGGAUUGCAGGUUCCGUUAUUGUAUGGUCUAUAAACUUUUGUCUCAUAUCUUGGGAUCACAGUGCUGACAGCUGUGCUACAGCUGAUCUGCUUUCUCGUUGCUCUCAACAUGCAUUUUCUGGAAAACCAGUCUCCAUUACGAACCGUGAUCUCUUUAUGCGAAAUGGUUACCAACCGAGGAGGAACCAGGCUUACAGAUUCGCCGGGUCCCAGCCCGUCACCAAUUAUGCCGAUCAAUGUCGCGCGCACACCCACAGCUUGGCUCAAGAGACAGGACCAACUAACUGGAAAAGAGCUCAUUGGAGUUGUUAAGCCUGGUGCGUACCGGAUGGUCGCCAAGGCGUACGACCCCAUAUUUUUCGUCCUCCGUGGCUCGUCUCGUUCCAAGAUUCCUGGUUUGUGGCCGAGCUUGGUAAGUGCUGUUGCUGUCGACUCGGUGAAGGAAUACAUGCAGGGGUUCAUCUUGACUGUUAUUAUCGUGGUGGCUGCUGUCACUCUGUUAAUGAAUCACCUCUUAAUGAAGGAUAUAACUGCAGAUAUGGUCGAGGCACCAGAAAACGAAGGUCCUUCACUGACAUGUCAAACCCUCUACGAAGGGCACUCUUUGGAUGUGGUCAUGCUUGCGGCGUCUCCGAGGGGGGUUGUUGUAUCUGUGGGAUUGGAUAGGAGAAUUGUGGUUUGGCAACUAAAGACAAUGUGGCAACUUCCUUCGAAAGACAUUAUUCGGCCGACAUGCUCUCAGCACUCGUUAUGGCCUAUAAUUGCUAUCGCAUUGGAUGAGAAGGGGGAAUGGCUGGCUAUAGCUCCGAGGCAAGGGAGCGUCUCAAUAUGGAGUAUCAAGGAGGCAACCUUCAAGCCAUCAGUAUCCAUAGAGCUGGGUGGUCACCAGCCGAGCGCGUUCUUUUUUGAGCCUCGAAAUCAUGGUGACGGUCCACGAUUAAUAGUUUUGAGGCAUGACGGUUGGCUUUCGGAGGUCUGCAUCGGGACGGGGAAUAGUGUGCACCACAGGGUUUGCACUGGUGUUGUUGUUUCAUGUUCACAUGGGGGGUUUACCCCUAGGCUGCCAUUAAGGGUAGUUACUGCCUGUCAGAGGGGAAAGAUCUUUGUGACCUCGAAGUCGACUGGUGAGUGGAAUUCCGGCCAGCUCAGUCUAUUGGAGCAACCGGUGAUUCCCCCAAUACCGGAUCCGAGUGAGAACUGCACAAUCUUGCCACUUUCAUCUUUAGGGAUGAUUGUGACUUCAAGGUCAUGCAACGUUGACCUGGUAGAUUUGUUAUCAGGUGGGUUUUCUGUCGGGCUCAGUUUUGGAUACUUGGAGUGCCUAACACAUAACAGGCAGUGUGAUACGAACGUUCCAAACGGGCCAGUUCAGGCCCAAUUCGUUACGGGUGUUCCACGCCAACCGCCGGACUUGUCUAUACUGCGGUUGCCCUGCGGUCCUAUCCUUCUCUAUUGCAUACAGCGAACGAGAAUCUGGCAUGUUCAUUAUGCACACAUGGUUCUCCUCCCGCGGCCGGAUGAGAGAUAUCUGCCUGCGGGCGGAGCGCGAUCGAAGGGAACGCAAGUGCUCCGGAUUCGAGAGCGCAGUGGAAAGCACCCACUGGCUGGAAAACGUGGAAGCCUGGGAACCAACAAACCUGAAUCUGGUAGCGGGCAUCCGACGCCGGGAAGCCAUACAGGAGGAGUCGAGCUCAGAUGACUGCGAACCUCUCUCCCCGCACCAAGCCUCGAGCCUCCGACGACGAAAGAAAAUGGGCAAGAAGCACAGUACCGAGGACGACGACGAAUGGGAAGCCUGGACUAUGCAUGCUGAUGGCGUUGUGACCUCUUACCCGCUCAGCGACAGCGCAGCCGAGGAAUCGGAUGAGUCUCUGCUCGUCAGCAGGGCCGGCCCCGUGUGUCGGGUGGGUCAGAGAUCCGUUGCUGUAGGCUUUGGAAACACGGUCAAGUUACUGGCUGUUGGGCAUGAGCGGUACGAAGGGCAGGAUGAUAAUGAUGACAUUUUUCAGAUUUCACGGAAAGCUCGGCCGCAUCAUCAUCGGCGGUAGAUGGCGUAUUGUUUUUUUCAUCCUUUUUUUCAUUCACUUUUUUUCAUUUUUCUGGUGUAAACCACAGUCCUUGGCAAAGUUUUUGAUACUUGAUACCUUUUUUUUCUUUCUUUUCCCUCCUUCCCCGCCCCUCUCCUAGGGCAAGGGCGACGGCGAUGGCGGCAGUGGGGGAUAUCAUAACUCAUCUUACACCACCGGUACGGUACCUCAAACCCUGUGAAUUCACUACGCUACAUUAUAUUCCAUCCCAUAUCAUAUCAUUUUUUUUUCUUUUUCGGUGGACUACUUCCUCUUUCUUAUUCACCUGUUUAUGCUUUUCCUCCUUUCUUUUUUACCAUCCAUCAUCACCAUCGUCAUCAUCACCAUCACCAUCAACGUCGCCAAUUUUCCGUUAGUAGGUCUUGUCUGUUUUUAUUUCAUUUCAUUUCAUUCUAUUUGGCGGGAAUGGGAAAUGGGAAAUGGGAUAUUGGGUUCUAUGGAGUUGCGGCUUGGGAUUUGUCAUUGUACAAAGCUUAUUAUAAAAGAACAGGAAAUAAAGACAAAAGCGGGAACGUGGGUGAAAGUAUGAAAGAGCAAGUAUUUAAAUGUGGGUGAGUUAUGUAGGGGAAUGGUAAUAGUUACAGGGUUCCUCUUUGCCUUCGAGGGGGCGGGGAUGGAUGGAGUUUAUGGUUUGUCUUCGGAGGUGGAGGUUGGUUCCGAUGCUGGGGGUAUUGAGGAGUCCGGUGUCAGGUUUGGUGUUGGGUGCUGGUCUGGGUUGGCGUUGUCGAGGUCUGAGUCGGAGGAGUAUCCUGGCUCUUCGAACUCUUGGUCUAGAUCGCCGUACUCUUGGUCUAGGUCGUCGUACCCGUACUCUUCGUACUCGUGUUCUGGGUCGCCAUGUUCCGGCUCCUCAUACUCGCUCUGCUGCUCCUCGUGCUCGCGCUCCAGACCGCUCUGCUCAUUCCCAUCGCACACAAAGGCUGGCUCCUCGCAUGAGGGGUAGUGCACAAAAGGAACAUCAGAACCCUCAUCCCGUUCUCCCGCCGAGAUUCUCCCCGGCCCCUCAAGAGCUGCCUCCCUCUCCGCCAGCAAGUCUGCUUCCUCUCUUUCUCGCUUCUUUCUCUCAGCCCUCCUUAGUUGGUACUUCUCCCGCCUCUCCCUAUCUCUCUCUAGGAUCAUGCUUUCCCGAAUCUUCUUCUUCUGUUCAAUAGUCUUCAUAAAACGCUUCGUCAUCUCCACUCCCCUUAGCUCCUCCUUCCUCAUCAAAUCUUUCACGUCCCUCCACGUAGAUCUAACCCCAUUUUCCCAAGUCCCACCUUCCUCCCUAACACCCGUUUCCUUCGCGAUGAUGUUAUCGAAAAUAUCUUCCUCCUGCGCAAGCACGAUCCAGACUUCCAACAAUUCUACGAGAUCAACCCUUCUCUGCUUCUUGACUGUCUUACUCUUUAUAAUCAUGGAUAUGUGUAGGGGCGUCUUCUGGCCCGGCCAACGGAGGAUGGGGAACAUGUUACUCUCUAU